UUGCUAAUGUUUUUGCCCUGCCGCUAUGACAACCUAACUGGCGCACCUGCUCCACGGUGGAGAUACACCACCGAAUAAAGGUGUUACAUGUUUUUUAAAGUGCUUUGAUGCAAUGGCGUGGGUAGACGAUAACUACGUACAAAUACAGCAGUGGAAUCCAGACCCCCAGAAUGUGCAAAUUAUUCAGCAACCAGUUUCACAACAGCCCACCACAGUCUUUCAGCAGAUUCCAUCAGUCAUGCCAUCUCCAACACCCCAAAUUCGCCCAGGGCACAUUAAGGAAGAUCUGGUGGAGCUGAUGAUGAUCCAGAAUGCUCAGAUGCACCAGGUCAUCAUGAACAACAUGACCAUGUCAGCGCUCAGUGCGUUCGGGUACUCCCAGACCCCGCCAGCCCCGGAGCCUGUUAUAUACCCAGUGAUUGUGCAGGAUGAGGACCCAGAGGUAUUCCAUCACCACUACCCACCGGCCCCCCCACUCCUUUCCUACCCUCCCUGGAUCCCCCCACCACAACCCCAGCCUCAGCCCACUCUAAUGUACCAGGACCCGAUGGAGUACCAGGAACCAGCUCCCUCCCCCCGCAGAGAUGGGAGGGCUGUCCCACCACCACCCCCACCCAGCGCCACCCGAACAGUGGGAGCCGACAUCCCCCCUGCCACAGAGUACUAUGAUGCAACAGAGAGGAGGCUGUGAGGAACAUGCUACAGAGCUCAAAGGGCACUGACAGUGUCAGCUGCAACACUGUCAUUUGCUCACACCAUCCGACAACUUGAACAGUUCCUUCAGUAUGCAACCUUUUUUCAGAACUUUAAAGCAGCGAAACAUAUUGAGACAUAUCAUUGUAUAGUAUAACACUAAUAUUUUUCUUUAAAUGCACAUACAGUCGUGAUGCUGUAUCAUGUCAGCUGUCAAAACAACGAACUCAGUAUUUUGAGUUUUUAUUUAUGGUCAGAUUCCACUCUAGGAAGAA